AUGCCAAACGGUGCCGGCCAGGGCGCACCUGGCGCGACACCUCUCCUUCCCAACCAGGGCCGUGUCAUCCAGCAAGGCCCCUUCCGCGUGCUCUGCAUAGCUGAUGUCCGAGGUCACCUUCAGUCCCUGAACGACCUUGCGAAGCAGGCUCGUGCCGACCACAUCCUUCACACUGGUGACUUUGGUUUCUAUGACGAUUCGUCACUGGAACGGAUUGCCGAGAAGACUCUCAAGCACGUUGCUCAGUAUUCGCCGCUGAUUUCGGAACAUGUCAAGAAGGCGAUUGGCCAAGGCGGACCGGGAUCUGUUAAGACGCGCUUCUCGCCGCAAGAGCUACCCCUCUCCGAGCUUCCCCAGCUCAUCAACGGCCAACUAAAGCUCGACGUGCCCAUCUACACCGUCUGGGGUGCUUGUGAAGAUGUGCGUGUCCUUGAGAAGUUCCGUUCGGGCGAGUACAAGGUUCCCAACCUCCACAUCAUCGACGAGGCGCGGUCAAUGCUGCUGGAGCUGGGCGGUGUGAAGCUCCGACUUCUGGGACUUGGUGGAGCCGUCGUGAUGCACAAGCUUUUCGACAACGGCGAGGGACGGACAACGAUUGCUGGUGGCCAGGGCACCAUGUGGACGACCCUGUUGCAGAUGGGCGAGCUGGUGGAUACGGCCAACCGCGUGUACGACCCAACGGAGACCAGAGUAUUCGUCACCCACGCCUCCCCUGCUCGUGAGGGUAUCCUCAACCAGCUGUCAGUCAGUUUGAAGGCCGACUUCUCCAUCUCGGCUGGUCUUCACUUUAGAUACGGCAGUUCCUACAAUGAGUUCAGUGUCAACCCGACUCUCGACCACUACCGCGGAAAGCUUGCUGCGUCCAAAGCGUCAUUCAAUGACGUCUGGGAGACUGUCAAGGGCGAAGUCGAACCUGCGAUCCAGGCCAACGAUGCGCAGCAGAACCUGCUCAAGAACGCCCUGGGCCUGGUCGAGAAGAUGCCAACAACAGCUGCGGGAGGCAAUCCGUUCGGCGGGCCGUCUCAGGGUUCAGCCGCGCUUGGCCAGGUGGAUGAGAGCGCCUUCAAGAACAUGUGGAACUUCAACUUGGCGGAUGCUGCUUUCGGAUGGCUUGUGCUCGAGAUCCAGGAUGGCCGCAUCGGUACCGAGAUGAGGGCCCAGGGUUUCAACUUUGCCCACCGAGGUGCCAAGCAGCAGCCCAAUGCGCCGAUCCAGGGACUGCCGUCCCCGGCACCAGCCACGAGCGGCAUCUCUCCUGCGCCCGCGUCGAUUGCGCAGGCACCUCCUCCGUACUCGCGAGGCAACAGUGCUGCUGCAAACAAGCCCGCGGCCGCUACGCCUCUGCAGUCUGGCAAGCCGGGCACUCCGAAGCCUGCUGCCCAGUCUCCCGCCCCAACAAAGGAGAAUGAGAAGCCUGGCGCGAACGGAUCCAACGCACCAGACUCUGCACAAUCGCCUGCGCCCAAGGCUGCGCAGGAGCCCAUCAUUGGCCUGUUUGUCAUGAACGUCCAGAGUGACGAGCAGACCCGGGAUAUUUUCCCCGCGGAACACAAGGCCAAGAUCACAAAGGUCGAGAAGUGGGGCAGCAACGUGAACAACAAGGUCGCGCACUUCCCCACGGUAGAGGAUCGUGAUGCCGCGCUGAACAGCUUGCCCGAGGAAUUCAAGACUCGCCAGUCCGAAGACCGCUCGAAGCCGCUAGUUAAGAUCUUCCAGCCUCGUGAGACCAACAAGACGUUCCAGGCGAGAGGUGGCGCUGGCAACUGGGGCAGCAGCCGUGGCCGCGAUUCGACCAGCGGCUACCGGAGCGCGGGUGAUCGUGGUGCCAUGAGCGGCGGCGAGAGCGGACCCGAGUCGGGCCGCCGUGGGGGUCGUGGCGGGGCUCGUGGCCGUGGCGAGCGUGGCCGCGGUGGUCGCGGUGGCCGUGGAGGUGCCAAGGGCGAGGCUGGUUCCGCAUCGCCUGCCCCAGGUGCCGGUGCCGGCGACUCCUGA